CGCCCACCAGUGACAUUGACUGUGUAACGGCCUCCGUAGCCACGCCCACAAAAGGGCUCCUCAUGUCCCUCGGCCAAUCACCGCACAGAAGGGGCGUGGAGAGAUUCUGAGUGUCCCCGCCCUGGGCGUGGCCUUGAUAGUGGGGCUGCUCGGUCCAGUGAGGGCCGGCGGGGGAGCUGAAAGAUGGCGGCGGCCUCGGGGUCUUUGCUGCACGGGGCGGCGGGGGCGCUGGGAGCUUCAGAGGCGGCGCUGAGACUUAUCCUUUCUAUCUUAAGCGGUUACCCCUUGGCCUUCUUUCAGAGAUACUUCCUAUUUAAGAAGCAGCCGUCUCAGAUUCAUCUGUUCAACACGGUGACCGGCCUCUGCAUUGCCUACUUUAACUUCGGUUCUCAGUUGUACCAUUCUUUACUAUGUGUUGUGCUGCAUUUCCUCAUCCUUCGCCUCAUGGGGAGGACAGUUACUGCGGUGUUGACCAGUUUUUGCUUCCAGAUGGGCUAUCUGUUGUCUGGCUACUACUACACAGCCACCGAUGACUAUGACAUCAAGUGGACCAUGCCGCACUGCGUCCUUACACUCAAGCUGAUUGGACUCUCCUUUGAUUACUAUGAUGGAGGGAAAGCCAAGACGUCACUGACCCCGGACCAGCAGCGCUACGCAGUGGCGGGAGUGCCCACCUUGCUGGAGGUCUGUGGCUUUUCCUACUACUAUGGUGGGUUUUUAGUUGGACCCCAGUUUUCCAUGCGCAAGUACCUGCAGUUUGUGACGGGGGAACUGACCGAUGUGGAGGGAGAAAGACCCAACAGCAUCCAGCCAGCGAUGAAGCGGCUCAGCCUCGGACUCUUCUUCCUGACCACAUACAUGGUGUUCGGCCCCUAUCUGCCUGACAGCUACUUCCUGACGGAAGAAUAUGCGAACCAACCAUUCUGGUACCGCUGUGUGUACAUGACUAUUUGGGGCAAAAUUAUGCUAUAUAAGUACGUCACCUGCUGGCUGGUUACGGAAGGAGUCUGCAUUCUUUCUGGCCUUGGUUAUAAUGACAAGGAUGAAAAUGGUCAAGCGCGGUGGGAUGCCUGUGCCAAUAUGAAAGUGUGGCUCUUUGAGACUACGCCGCUAUUCACAGGAACCAUUGCCAGCUUCAAUAUCAAUACCAAUGAUUGGGUGGCAAGAUACGUUUUUAAGCGUCUCCGUUUCCUUGGCAACAAGGCCGUGUCUCAGGGAGCCGCCCUCUUCUUCCUGGCCAUAUGGCAUGGUCUGCAUUCCGGAUACCUCGUCUGCUUCUCACUGGAGUUCCUUAUAGUCUUAGUGGAGAGACAGGCGAUGGAGUUGGUGCGGGACAGUCCUGUGCUCAAUCACAUAUGCUCCAUGCCUCUGCUGCACCCGCCCCUCUAUGCGGUGCAGCAGUUUUUCCACUGGCUCUUUAUGGGAUACCCGCUGGUGCCGUUCUGCCUUUUCACCUGGGACAAGUGGCUCAAGGUGUACAUGUCGGUCUAUUUUAUAGGCCAUUUAUUCUUCUUAUCGCUGCUGUUUGCACUGCCUUAUGCACGGAAAGUCCUGGUCCCAAGAAAGGACAAGCUGCAGAAGUCCCACUGACAGUGCUCGAUGAUUGUAUGUCGUACUCGUUGGCGAUGGUUAGCACACCUCCUUCCAUGCUGGCGCCAUCUGCGGACACCACACUGCCAGGAAGGACACAAAUUGCUGAUACUUCUUGUUUCUCCUUUCCUUUUUUUAAAUAAAUCACAAACUGGUUACCGGCGCCAAUAAUCCUGCAGCGAUGUAGGCUCCUCCCUCCAGGCGUUGUUUUAUAGACUUUUCUACUACUCGGGAGCGGGGGAGGGAGGUAUAUCUGGACUUUCUAUUACUUGAACUUUUAAGGUUGCUGGAGACUUCACCCGACUAUCUGAGCUCGGCUCCCGUCCUUUUAUAUCACACAUCUGCCUACGCCCCUCGGGGGUCCCGUCACAGGGCAGCUAACACAAGCUGAUGGUAAAAUAUUGCACAUAAGCACUGGAUACGGACAGUCCGGACUGCUGGAUACAGCCAGUUAUUGAUUAGAAGAAUAGUAGUAG